UUACUACAUCAGUAAGCAGUAAAAUCAUAAAAUAAUCGUUUGUGAAAAGAUAGAGUGAAAACGAAUGUGAAAACUUUUUUCACUUCACGUUACGCAGAUGUGAAUUGACCCCCAGAACUACUGUUACGUAUAAAAUGAUCGAUAACUGUAAACUUGAUAUAGCAAACUUUCACCACUAACCUUAAUUGCUAAUCAAAUCAGCGUUGUUUACGUUUCUGCCGCGCUGUUAGAGACAAAGUAAUAAAAUAACGUAAUUUUUAAUCAGAAGCAUUAAAUUAUGGUUGCGUGGAACAAUUUACGCAAACUAAGCAGUAUUGCAGUCGGUACUGGUGCAGGCCUGGCAGUUUACUACUACCAUCGGUUGCGCGAACCCAAUAAUCUAGUGCAGAACUCGUGGACAACUUCCGAAAAACCAGUUAAUGAAGCCGCCAUCUGGGAUCAAGAUUGGGAUUGUCGUGAUCCCAAAAGUUGUGUACGCCCAGUUAAAAAUGACUCUCCGCAGGAACAAAAUCGUUACAAUAACGAAUUGGAGAAGAUGCGUGUAAGGGCGACGCGCCACAUUGUGCUUAUUCGCCACGGGCAAUACCUGGACGCCGGCGAUCACGAUAAGGAUCAUCAUCUUACGGAAUUGGGUCGACUGCAAGCGAAAUAUACGGGUCAACGUUUACGUGAGUUGGGCAUCGAAUGGGAUAAAAUUGUGAUUUCGACAAUGACACGCGCUCAAGAGACUUCCGAGAUGAUACUCAAAGAAAUCGACCAUGAUCCUGAAAAAGUAAAGCAUUGCCACUACUUGCGCGAGGGCGCACCUAUACCGCCACAACCGCCUGUGGGUCACUGGCGCCCCGAGAAGUCUUUCUUCCGGGAUGGCGCACGCAUUGAGGCGGCUUUUAGGCGUUACUUUUAUCGCGCUCAUUCCGAUCAAGAGCAUGAUUCUUAUACGAUGAUCAUUGGCCAUGCAAAUGUUAUACGGUAUUUUGUAUGUCGGGCACUGCAGCUACCGCCUGAAGCAUGGCUGCGCAUGAAUAUUAACCAUGGUUCCAUUACUUGGCUCACCAUAAGCCCAUCGGGUAAUGUUUGCAUCAAGCAUUUGGGCGAAAGUGGCUAUAUGCCAGCCAAAUGCCUAUCGAACCGUAUACCGCGUGAAGUGAAAAAUGUUGUUUAAUUGGCAUGCAUAGGAGAGGAAAUUAAAACCAACUAAUAAAAGUAUAAGAUGAAAAUGAUUAGAGCAGAAAGUGUUGCAGAAUUUUAUAGCUAAUGAAUUGAAUUCGUAGGAAAACAGUUUGGUACAGGAGCGAACAUAAUUGAAAUAUUAGCUGAGAGAAUUGAAUUAGUUAUGAAGGAAAGUAUGUUGAUCUCCUGCCAAGUAAGAUCCCAUUGCCAUAAAACAGUUCACUAUUUUUGUCGUACUUAAAGUAUACCAGAUUAACAGUUUCUAGUGCAUAUCUAUUAGAAAUAACAAUAAAAAAUUUUAAUAAUAUUUAUAUAUUUAAGUACGUUUAUACUAGCAUACAACACCGUUUAUCCUUCGAAUUAGCAUUUAUACCCACUAAAAAAUACUAUACUGUUAUAAAAAUAAUUAUGAACAUUGCCUUAAAUGAGAUAGCACUAAAGUAAAAUUUUAUCCGAAUAAAAGUCUUUUAAUGAA